AUAACAUUACCAUAAAUAAAUUCAAUUAUUUCAAUCUGACGGUUGAUAAUAUUUAGAUCCGACGGUUUAUAUUACGUCCGUUACAAUUAAAUACCUCCUCCCAAUCUCCCAUAUUGUACUAACAUUACAUCCCUUUGGAGCUUCUUUUUACGCUGUACGUUCUCUCUCUCUCUCCUCCAUUGAAGCCGAUUCUGAGCUUUCUCUCUCCUCCAUUAAAGAAUCUUCUAAGUGUUAAAAUUUAGGUAGAUAUGAGGCCAAUUUUGAUGAAGGGGCAUGAAAGGCCUCUAACAUUCUUGAAGUACAAUCGAGACGGCGACCUACUCUUUUCAUGCGCAAAGGAUCACAAUCCUACCGUUUGGUACGCCGACAAUGGAGAACGCCUCGGUACCUAUUCCGGUCACAACGGCGCCGUUUAUUCGUGCGACGUCUCUUGGGAUUCUUCCCGUCUAAUUACUGCCAGUGCGGAUCAGACAGUAAAGCUGUGGAACCUUAAAACCGGAGAGGAAUUAUAUACCUUUAAUUUUGACUCUGCUGCAAGAUCGGUGGAUUUUUCAACUGGUGAUAAAUUUGCUGUUAUCACCACUGAUCCAUUUUUGGAAAAGACUUCUGCAAUUCACGUGUAUCGUAUUGCAGAAGACAUUGAUGAACAGAGUGAUAGGCCUGUUCUUGUCAUUAGGGGGCCAACUGGAAGGAUCAAUAGAGCUGUUUGGGGGCCUUUAAACAGAACCAUAAUCAGCUGUGGUGAAGACGCUAUCAUCCGUGUCUGGGAUCCGGUGUGCUUCAAAUUGCAGACUGGCCAGGAGAUGAUGUCUACAAAGGACCAUAAAAAUGGUCACACGAAAGCUAUUAAAUCACUUUGUCUAUCUGCAGACAAGUCACAUUUCCUUACUGGCUCUCUGGAUAAUCAAGCAAAGCUCUGGGACACAAGGACUUUAACUCUCCUUAAAUCCUACAGUACAGAGCGACCUGUGAAUGCUGUUGCCAUGUCUCCUUUACUGGACCAUGUUGUGCUUGGAGGUGGUAUUGAUGCAUCAUCUGUGACUACAGAUAGUCGUGCAGGAAAGUUCGAAGCUAAAUUCUUUGAUAAGAUCCUCACGGCGGAAAUUGGAGGUAUCAAGGGACAUUUUGGGCCUAUGAAUGCCUUGGCCUUCAAUCCUAAUGGUAAAAGUUUUGCUAGUGGAGGUGAAGAUGGUUACGUGAGGUUGCAUCACUUGGACUCAGACUAUUUCAAUAUCAAGCUCUAAUCAUGUUUUUUAAUUAUGUCGAGAGAAGAGCAUCAAGGGCAACAAUGUUGACAUGAUUUAGUCCCAAAUUUUGAGUACCGCCCCCAAGACUUACCUACGAAAAUAGUUGGCAUGCACAAGUUGUAAAUAUCUUGAGAUAGCCUUUGUUUUUUUUCCUAAAAAUUAACCUACGAGUAUUGCAUAAGCAACGAAUCCUUGGUACUAUUAUUUAUUAGUAUAUUUACUGUAAAUUUGUAAGUUAUGAACCAAUCUUUUAAUCAAUUAAUGUUUUAGAGCUGGGAUAUUUUGAGGUUACACCUUACCCUGAUUAUUUACAUAUUAAGCUUUAAAUAUAUUGAAUAUAAAA